CGGAAGUUCAUCCUCCCCGCUUCCUCCUUCGUGUGGCUGUGGAGCCGGAUCCGCGUGAGUGUCGUUUGAAGAGACAGCUGUCCUGCAGCCUUUCUGGCGGGGUGUGAGGGGAUGUUUCCUCAAGAGAAGCGAGAAUUCCAAAAAGUCUUGGCCACCUGAUCAUUAUGGCGUCAAGAAACCUCUGGUAUAUGAGAACUAACUUUCCCUUUCGUUCAAGAUGUUGGAUGGUUCCACUUUCAGUAGAAAUUAUCUUUAAAUCCGUUUCUUUAAGGCUUUUUGGUGUCAAGUGUCAUCAUGUGGAUGGUGAGCCUUUGGAGAAUGAGGACCUACUGAAAAACUUGCUCACCAUGGGAGUAGAUGUUGACAUGGCAAAGAAACGGCAGCCUGGGGUUUUUCAUAGGAUGGUUACUAAUGAGCAGGAUCUGAAGAUGUUCCUUCUCUCCAAAGGAGCAAGCAAAGAAGCAAUUGCUAGCAUCAUAUCAAGAUAUCCACGAGCCAUAACCCGCACUGCUGACAGUCUUUCGGAACGGUGGAAUAUAUGGAGGAAAAUUAUGACAUCAGACCUUGAAAUUGUAAAUAUCUUGGAACGUUCUCCUGAAUCCUUUUUUCGAUCCAAUAACAACUUGAACUUAGAGAAUAAUAUCAAGUUCCUUUACUCAGUUGGAUUGACCCGAAAAUGCCUUUGUCGAUUGUUGACUAAUGCCCCUCGUACCUUCUCUAAUAGUGUUGAUCUGAAUAAACAGAUGGUGGAAUUUUUGCAGAAAGUCUGUGUGUGCUUGGGUCACAAGGAUCCUACUGAUUUUGUUAGGAAGAUAAUUUCUAAAAACCCUUUCAUCUUAAUUCAGAGCACCAAGCGGGUAAAAGCUAACAUUGAAUUUUUACAGUCAACUUUCAGUUUGAACAAUGAGGAACUGCUCGUUCUGUUAUGUGGUUCAGGAGCUGAAAUCUUAGACCUCUCCAAUGACUAUGCCAAAAGAAACUAUGCAAAUAUCAAAGAGAAGCUGUUUUCUCUUGGAUGUCCUGAAGAAGAGGUACAGAAGUUUGUCUUAAGUUAUCCUGAUAUGAUCUUUUUGGCAGAGAAAAAAUUUAAUGCUAAAAUAGACUGUCUCAUAGAAGAAAAAAUUAGUAUUUCACAAAUAAUUGAAAAUCCUCGCAUUCUAGAUUCAAGCAUAAGUACUUUACGAAGUCGAAUCAAGGAACUGAUACAUGCUGGCUAUGACUUAAGUACAUCGAAUAUCAAUCUUCUGUCUUGGAGUCAGAAAAGAUAUAAAGCUAAAUUGAAAAAGUUAAGUAAAUAGAGCAUUGUGGGGAUUGUAAAAAGUCUCUUUAGUAAUAUUUCAUUUUGAAUUUUGGCCUGUCAGAAAGAAGAGGUAUGGUUUGUUGGCCACAGGUACAUAAUGAUCCUGUGGAUACCUUGUUCUGUGGGAUAGUAAAAACUCACCAGUUGGUAUGCUCAAGUGUGAAACCUUUAUGUGGUAUGGGCUAUCUUGCUGUGAAGACGCAGUUCUGUUUGAGUGCCUUGACAGAACAAUACAUAAAAAGAAAAUAUGAAAUAA